AGCCAUCAGGUUAGACAAUGAAAAAUGUUAUUCCACGUAUAGUUUUUAGUAUUCUUCAAUCCGAACAAGGAUAAAUGGAGCCAAACAUGUCCUAAGAUUUGCAGUUACUGCCAAGAAACUUAAGAGUAUUAUUCAUCUCCCUUGCAUCUAGGCACCAGGACAUACUCAAAAAGUACAAAGAAACUUUGCCUAAGGUUAGCAACAAAGAUGAAUCUGCCAGCUGAUUCAGCUCUCAUACUGGCAGCUCUGGUACUCAUAUUCUCCAUCCUUUGGCCCAUUCUGAAGUUGAUCAACUCAGGCAAGAAAACGCCUUUCUUGCCUCCAGGGCCAGGUGGCUUGCCAAUCCUCGGCUACUUGCCGUUUCUUCGCAGUGAUUUGCAUCAUCAGUUUACAGAAUUGGCUGGUAAGUACGGCCCAAUCUACAAGCUCCGGCUUGGGAACAAACUUUGCACCGUGAUCAGCUCCCCGUCUCUCAUAAAAGAGGUGCUUCGCAAUCACGACACGAUCUUCGCCAACCGAGACACCACCGUUGCAGCACGCAUCGCCACUUAUGACUUCAAUGACAUUGCCUGGUCCCCAUAUGGCUCUCAGUGGCGCAACCUGAGAAAACUAUUUGUACGAGAAAUGCUAAGUAAUACCAACCUUGAGGCCACCUACAAUCUUAGGAAAGAAGAGGUUAGAAAAGCUGUCAAAGAAAUCUAUUCCAAGAUCGGGACACCCAUGGACAUCUGUGAAUUGGCUUUCAAGAUUGAUCUCAAUGUUAUAAUAAACUUGAUCUGGGGUGGCAAGAUUCAGGGCGAGAGGCGGGACAGGAUUCUUAACAGCUUAUUGCCGGUGCUUGCUGAUAUGCUAGAUUUACUGGUAAAGCCUAACAUCUCUGAUUUUUUUCCAGUCUUAGCCAGGUUUGAUAUCCAAGGAGUUGCAAAAGAAAUGACUACUCUUCUAGAAAGGGUGGAGGGGAUCACUAAAGAUGCUAUCGAUGAACGAAUGAAAAAUCCUUCUAAUAAAAUGAAGGCUGUAGUAACUAAGAAAGACAGGCGAACAGAUUUUCUGCAAAUCCUCGUAGACCUUAUGCAGGAGGAGGAUAAUAAGGAAUCACUUGGGGAAGCACAGAUAAAAGCCAUGUUAAUAAACAUUCUAGUUGGUGGAACAGAUACUUCAUCGACUACGAUUGAGUGGGUUAUGGCAGAGCUAUUGUGCCACCCAAAAGUGAUGGAAAAGGUGCAAAAUGAAUUAAACGACGUUGUGGGAUUGAACAAUAUUGUAGAAGAGUUCCACAUCUCGAAACUGGAGUACUUGGAUGCCGUUCUGAAGGAAACUUUACGCCUUCAUCCAAUAGGACCCUUCUUAACCCCAAGAACUCCAAGUCAAACUUGCACUGUUGGAGGAUACACUAUCCCCAAGGAUUCAACUGUCUUUCUAAAUGUUUGGUCUAUUCAAAGGGAUCCUCUAGCUUGGGAAGAUCCAUUGGAAUUUAAGCCAGAGAGAUUCUUAGGCAACACAACAAAAUGGGAUUUUAGCGGCAAUAAUUUCAAUUAUAUCCCAUUUGGAUCCGGGAGGAGGGUUUGCGCUGGUCUACCACUAGCAGAAAGGAUGAUCAGAUAUGUGUUGGCCUCACUCUUGCAUUCAUUUGAGUGGAAACUACCGGAAGGGGAAAAGCUUGACAUGUCUGAUAAGUUAGUGAUGGCUUUGAGGAAGAAAAUACCACUAACUGCUGUGCCUAUUCCAAGGUUAUAUAAUUCGGAUUUGUACGAGUAAUUUCGUACACUUGAUUACUAUUGUAGGAUUAUAGGAUAAUCUAUGUACUUCAUGCUUGAUAAAUAUAUGCUUUGAGCAUGGAAGUCAUGAUUUGAUUUUUCUUUACAUCUGAAAAUCAUUUCAUGAAUUUCAUCUUUGUUUUCAUGAGCCUACCUUGAUUAGUAUGGGUCUCCUAUACUCUAUUA